AUGGCAAACGCAGCAGCGACGACUACGUCGACCAAGACGGCAGGCGCCGUGCUGGACGUCCUCAUCAUCGGCGCCGGCUGGUCGGGCCUGUCUGCUGCACUCAAGCUCUCGCAGGCCGGCCGCAAGGUCGCGGUGCUCGAGGCAAGGGAGCGUAUCGGUGGGCGCGCAUUCACCCACACCUGGUCGGACAAGACCGAGAUGAACGACAAUUCGCGCACCACCGCCACCGCCUCGGCGAGCGACUACUGGUGCGACUUUGGCUGCUCCUGGAUGCACGGCUACCUCGAAGGCAGCCCUCUCAAGCAGCUUACGGACAAGUACAACAUCCCCGUCACCAUCCCCAAGCCCAGAGACACCGUCGUUGUCGGCGACAAAGGUCCUCUUCCCCAGGCGCUGUCUGAGAAGCUGACUGCCAACCUCGGUCGUGCCCAGGAUGCCGCCAAGGCGCAUGCCCACGACAAGAACGCCCAAGCACCCAGCCCCAGCUCGUCGCUCGCCGAGUUCCUCUUCAAUGAUGCUUCGCCGCUGUUCGAGAAUCUCGAGUCGGAUGCCGAGCGAAAGGCUGCGCGCGACGUGGCGAGGCUGCUGCACAUCCCGCUCGGCAUCGAGCUCGAAGAUGCCAGCCUGCGUUGGCACGGCUUUGAGCAGGCAUUUGCCGGCACCGACGCCGCACCCCAAGGCGGCUUCACCACCAUCAUCAACAAGCUCGUCGACGAGAUCACCUCGCUCGGCACCGCCAUUCACACGAGCCAGGAGGUGCAGGCGGUGCGAGACGAGGCGUCGUCCAACGUCAAGAUCACCACCAAGCAGGGGCAGGAGUACGUGGCACGCACCGCGCUCGUCACCAUCCCCAUCGCCGUGCUCAAGAAGAACGCCGCCGGCCUGUUUGAGCCCUCGCUGCCCGAGCGUCGUCUCGAGACGAUCAAGCGCGUCUCGGUGGGCAACCUGAACAAGGUGCUGCUCAACUACGAUCAGCCGUGGUGGAGCUCCAACACGGGCACCUUUCUCGUCCUUCCCUCGUCGCAGCCGGCGCCAGCAUCGCUGCAGAGCGACGAGCAGAAGCAGCUGUGGCAGCUGUACGCUUCGACCACGCUCAUCGUAUCCUCGCUUGCAGGCGACGGCGCAGCUGCCGGCAAGGGGGCGUCCGACUCGCUGCUCGUCAUGGUGGGCGCCAACGCGGCCAAGAAGCUCGAGGCGUUCGAGCGCGUCGAUGCCGGCAAUGCGCUGCACGCCUACCUGACCGCCCGCAUCGAUCCUGCCGCACAGCAUGCGGGUCCCAAGCACAUUUUCUACUCGAGGUGGGCAAAGCAGCCCUUCACGGGCGGUGCCACUACUUCGCCCGUCUCGACGGCCAACGGCAACUCGCCGCUCGACUUUGAGGCGCUCUCGCGUCCGCUGUGGAACGGUCGCCUUGGAUUCGCAGGCGAGCACACCGAAAUCAACCAUCGAGGCUCGGCCGCUGGCGCAUAUGUGUCGGGCGAGAGAGAGGCUUCGCGCAUCCUCGCCUACCUCGACAAGGUGCACCCCCGCUCGACCAACAAGCUCUAG